CGACAUCCAGUUCGAGGGGUUCGUAUGCUCUCCAUGAAGGAAGGAUUUGCAAACCUUAUUCGUCUCUCUUCAACUUUCUUCCCCAAUCGUCUCUUAAUUCAAAAUUUAACGAUGACUACAUCUACCAUUCUUGCCAAAAACUUCUCUUCUUCUUCUCCUCGAAACCUACCCGAAAUCCCAACGCUUCAGAACCUCUUGAAAAGAGGUUUUAGUCCCACCCUGGAAUCCUUCAACCAAUUCCUUGAGUUCCUCUCUGAAAACCAACGAUUCAAAUCUGUUCUUCACUUGUUUUCACAGAUGAAAUUGAACAAAAUAAGCGGCAACUCUGGUACUCACUCAAUCGUGGUGCGGGCUCUACUCGAAGAUAGGAGAUUUGAAGAAGCUGAGAUUUUCGUGAUCCAAUUGGGAAAAGAAGGGUUUCAUUCCAGAAAUGGUAUAUGGGAUUCUCUAAUUCAAAGCCUCUGCGUUGCUGGAAAAAACCCAGAAAAAGCAUUUGCUCUCUUGCGGGAUUGCUUAAGAAAUCACGGUAGUUUGCCUACUUUCUCCACCUUUUCGUCAUUGAUUCACAGUUUUAGUUCUCUGGGUAAGAUGGAUAGAGCUAUUGAAGUCUUGGAGAUGAUGACAGAUGAGAAAAUUGGACACCCAGUUGAUAAUUCCAUUUGUAGUUCAAUAAUUUCAGGGUUUUGUAGAAUUGGAAAUCCAGAGCUCGCAUUAAAGUUUUAUGAGAAGGUUGAGAAAAUUGAAACUUUUCGGCCUAAUGUUGUAACAUAUACGGCUCUUGUGAGUUCACUUUGUAUAGAGGGUAGAGUUAAGGAGGUUUCUGACUUGGUUUGUAGAAUGGAGAAGGAAGGAAUUGUUUUAGAUGCUGUCUUUUACAGUAGUUGGAUUUGUGGGUUUUUUAGCGAAGGGGUCUUACAGGAGGCUUUUCAGAAGCAUAAGUUAAUGGUAGAGAGUGGAAUAAAGCCCGAUAUAGUUAGUUACACCAUUCUUAUUGAUGGGUUCUCAAAGGAAGGGAAUGUGGAAAAGGCAGUUGGGUUCUUAAAUGAGAUGAAAAAGGUUGGAGUGGAACCUAAUUUGGUCACUUAUACUGCAGUCGUCCGCGGUUUUUGCCAGAAAGGGAAAUUGGAUGAGGCAGUCAGUGUGUUUAGGAAGUUGGAAGAACUGGGAAUUGUAGCAGAUGAGGUAAUGUACUCGACCCUGAUUGAUGCAUUUUGUAGGAAAGCAGAUUUUGAUCAAGUUUUCAGUUUGCUUGAUGAAAUGGAGAAGAAGGGGAUUAUUACUGGAAUUGUCACAUACAACACUGUGAUUAAUGGCUUGUCCAAAGUUGGGAGGACAUGUGAAGCGGAUGAGAUCUCAAAGUGCAUAUCUGGUGAUAACUUUACAUACAGUACAUUGUUACAUGGUUACAUUGAGGAAAAGAAUGUAGAGGGGGUCUUGAAAACAAAGAUGAGAUUGGAAGAGGCUGGUGUUAAGAUGGAUGGCGUCAUGUGUAAUGUACUAAUUAAAGCACUAUUUAUGACAGGUUUGGUGGAAGAUGCUUACAUGAUUUUCAAGGAGAUGCUAGAGAUGGGUUGGCAUGCUGAUUCUGUUACUUAUUACACAAUGAUUGAUGGCUACUGUAAAGUUGGUAGGAUCAAUGAGGCACUUGAGAUAUUUGAUGCCUAUAGGACUUCAUUGUUUCCUGAUGUGGUGUGUUAUAAUUGUAUUAUUCGCGGGCUCUGUGAGAAUGGCAUGUUAGAUAUGGCAAUUGAAGUAUUUACCGAACUCAUUGAGAAAGGUCUGCCUCCCAGUAAAGCUACCUAUAUGAUGGUGAUAAGAUCACUGUUUAAGCAAGGGAAUGGACAAGGAGUUUUGAAUUUUCUUUAUGGGAUUCAGAAAUUAGAACCAGAAAUAUAUGGUGACGUAUGCAGUGAUGCUGUUCACUUCUUGUGCAAGAGAGGUUGUGCUGAGUCUGCAUUUGAUGUGUAUAUGAUGUUGAAGAGUAAAAACUUUGGCGUGACAAGCAUUUGUUACUAUUCAAUUCUUAAAGGGCUUAUUACCAAAGGAAAUAAUUGGCUUCAACCAGUGAUGAUGAAUGCCUAUCUUAAAGAUUAUGGAUGGUCAGAGUUCAGAUUUUGCAAGAUUCUAGUUCGUUACUUAUGUAAGAAGGAUGUAAUACUAGCUCUUCGGUUUCUUGACACGAUGAAGAAAAAGGAUAUGUGUGUCCUUGAUCCAUUCCCAGUUGUUGAAACGCUUGUAGAGCAAGGAAGAAUUACAGAUGCGUAUAAACUCAUCUUGGAAGUUGGAGAUCAGACUCUUCUGAAUGUAGUUGCUUAUUCUAUUGUGAUCGAUGGACUUUGUAAAUCAGGGUAUCUCAAUAGGGCCUUAGAUCUGUGUGACACCAUGAAAAAGAAAGGAAUAGCACCUAAUAUUGUCACUUACAAUUCAGUGAUUUAUGGAUUGUGUCAGCAGGGAUGUCUUAUUGAAGCACUUAGGCUAUUUGAUUCAUUGGAGAAAGUCAAUUUGGUCCCAACUGAUAUCACAUAUGGUACACUUAUCAGUGCUCUAUCUAAAGAAGGGUUCCUUCUAGAUGCCAAACAGUUGCUUGAGAGGAUGGUUCUGAAUGGUUUCAUUCCAAAUACACGUGUUUACAAUUCAUUGAUUGAUGGGUAUUGCAAGCUUGGGUCAAUGGAAAAGGCCUUGGAGCUGCUUCUUGAUUUGGAAAAAAGUUGCCAUCAGCCGGAUGCAUUUACUGUCAGUGCUGUGAUUAAUGGCUGUUGCUGUAAAGGUGACAUGGAAGGGGCCCUUGGAUUCUACCUUGACUAUAAAAGGAAAGGAGUCUUACCUGAUUUCAUUGGUUUCAUUUAUUUAUUAAAAGGGCUUCUUGCUAAGGGAAGGAUGGAAGAGGCUAGGAAUAUAUUGAGAGAGAUGCUUCAGGUCCAAUCUGUUGUGGAGCUGAUAGAUAGAGCUGCAGCUGAGAUUGAAACAGAAUCAAUAGGAAAUAUUCUUGUUUUUUUAUGUGAGCAAGGAAGUAUUCGAGAGGCCAUCAGUGUCCUUAAUGAAGUUGGCUCUCUGGUUUACCCUUUUGGGAGGAGGUCUGGUGCCAUCGGAGGAUCACAAAAACUAGAGAAGCCACACAAAGACUUGUUUGAUAAUGUUGUUGCGGAGUCUUUGACCUCCUUAUGUACAACUGAUUUGGAUUUGGAAUUGUUAGAGGGGAAAGGAAAUGGGGUGGCAGAUAAUUUAGUGACAAAGCACUUGUUUUUUGACUUUGAUGCUUACUAUGCCCUUGUUGCAUCCCUCUGUUCGAAAGGAGAGCCACAAAAGGCUAAUAGAGUUGCAAAAGAAAUGAUUUUGUACUCACAGAAGGGUUGUUGAUUAAAUUUCUAAUGAAGCGUUGACUCCUGGAUCGAUCUGGAGCUUUCUUUCUGAGGCUAUGCUGACACUGCCCAUAGGAGGAUGUUAAAAGAAAUCUUAGACUGUAUGGACCCUCAGACUUCGAUUCAAGUAUUGUUCCUACAUUUUAUU